ACUGACAGUGCCAGUGAGAAAGUGAGAGAGAAGGGGUGAGAAUUAUUCUAGACAGAUUCUUGUUUAAAAGUGUCACCAAAAGAAUAUUCAGCGAUUAUCCGUCGUGUUGGAUUUUUUAUUCAACGAUUGUGUAAAGAUGUAACUGAGAGAUCCGGCUACAGGGAGGCUAUUUCUGGACUGGAUGAUUACAAGUAUAGUCGUAAACCAAGAGUAAGGUUGUCAUUCUCCAUUCAUUUCGUGAUAACUAGAUGCCAUAAAAAAAUUAAAACCAGUAUGGCCUAAAACUGAACACGAUUAAAGAAAGAAAAUGAUACAACGAUGGCUAAAUAAAUAAAAAAAAAGAAUUUUGUUAGGGCAUUUGAUUUCUUGCUUGUAAAAUGGGAACCCCGAACUGGGCGACGUAUUUUGAUGGGGUGGAGCCCGACUACCCCGGGAGGGUCCGGGAGGAAAGGGACUAUGGUUACUGUCCCAGACAAACCCAGGACACCCGGCGACGGAAACAGGGCGUGGUGCUACCGGAAGACGCGUUCAAACUCCAGGACCUAGAAAUCAUCCCCAGUGCAACCGGUGGACACUUCACUUCCGGUUCGAUAAAUAGGACUUCCGGUUCACUCCCGCGAUCUCCGUUACAGAGUCCUAACUAUUCCUCGUCUUCCGUAUUCAGUGAUUUUCAGUGUUCAUCCCCUGUAUCUGUGAACCAGGGUCGGGCUCUCCCUCCCAUUCCCGUGGAGGAGACCGGAAGUAAGAAUUCUGGGAGUGUUCAGUCGUGUAACGGUCGCUUCCCAUCAAAGAACCCUUUAGAAAUGAAACUGUCUCCUGCCUAUUCCACCCGAGAACUACCAAAUAUUCCCACGGACCAAAGACCGCAUAGUCUCAACGAUUCAAAAUCGAACCGGAAAAAGCGACAUGGUGGGAAAAGUUCGAGCCGGACGCGGAAAAAACCCGGACAUCAUGAACAGGAGCCGGAUGUUGUGUUAACUGUGACAGCAAGAAACAAAAGACAUACACACAGAUCUCAUCAUCCGGAAAUGCUUAACAAUAACAUUGACGACGGUUUCAUCUCGGCCUUUGCCACCAAGAAACCAUUAGAGAGUACUUUAAGCCGUGAACGCGCGGCAAAGGAAGCGGAAAAAAUUACUGUGCCUCUACGCUCAAGGAUGCGCAAAAGUCGGAAACGAUGUCUAGUUCCCAUGGUGAUAAUCACAAUUCUAAUUUUAUCUGGGUUAUUAUCUGCUGUUAUUUUCAUCUUGGUCAGUCCGAUCCAAAAAAAUUCUUCAUCGUCUCAAGAGAAGGAUGGUUUGGGGAUGAUACAAGCCAUUACACAUAUGCGAGUAUUGAACAAAGCGUUCGUCAUACAAAUGUCUAACUCAUCCAGUGUCGAGUUUCUACAAUUCAGCAGUGUGUUUGAAGAUGAUAUCAAUGAGGUUUUUCUAAGGAGUAACAUCAGCACCUACUUCUACGGAACCAACGUCGACGCCCUCAGAAACGGCAGCAUUUACACACACAGUGAUAUAUUCUUCCAAGACGUUGAACCCCUUCGGGAUUCGUCCGUUUUUGUCAGUACCCUUCGGGACUCCUCUUCUCCUAUUACUUACAAGAGUAUAAAAGCCGUCCGGUUCGGUGACAACAUCGUGGACUACAACAGUAUCCACGUGGACUUAUCGUUUAUCACAGUCGACAGGUACCCCGAGAAACCAACGCUCAAGGGUGAAACAGAGGUUAUGCAUUCGAUUGAAGAAAGCACAAAACCAAAAUCAUCUAGUUCUAACAUUCCUGAAACAAAUGAGAAAGCCAAAGCGCCCGUUUUUAUCCCUGACUUCAGAAGGAAAAAGCCACCGAUUCGCAUGCAACUUCCAACAACGGCACCAUCCGUUGUUGAGGAGGGAGAGCCUGAAGUCAUAAAACAAGAACCGGAAAUUGAACCUAAGCAAAAUAAAAUUAGACCGGAAAAGGAAACAACAAUGACCCCUGUUGUCACACAAACAAUAUCUACACCCAAUCCGACAACAUUCUCGUCAACAAUUCAUUCUGCUGGAAUAGGUUCAACAAUUUCAACAGACACAACAUUGAAAGUGACAACAACAGCACCGACAACAGUAACGACCAAAUCAACAACAACAACAACAACAACAGAAAAGGCAUUUACUGCAACAAAGACAACAGCUGACAUGGACAGUUCUAAAAUACAAACAUCAGUCAAUGGUGACAAAGAAUUAUCAAAAACUACCGUUACCCCCACGAAAAGCACAGUAGGAACACCAUAUGUAAAAGUAACGACGAAAGUGAAUGACACAGACGGGACUACGCCCCAGAAUGCAACAGUCGUCUGCAGUUUUGGAAAUAUGGACGGAUGGAAACUCCUUACAAUUCAAAACACGCCAUUAAAAGGAAAACCAUACGUCAUAAUGAACUUGGCGUCAAACGAAAGAAUAACGAUCCCGAAGGAAUUAAAGGAAAGACUGCACUUGAACAUGGAUGUGAAUCGUUCUUCCGGUACAAUCAGAAUCAGCUUCCUCUUGGAAUGUAGCGACCUCGGUCGGUAUGUCUGCAAAGUACACAAGGGAGAUUACUCGUACCAAGGCGGACAGGAUUUAAAGCUGUUACCAACCAAACCCAGACUUACACUUCCAGUGGAGAUUAUUGAGGGUAAACCGAUAACUGAACCCAUCCUCUGUCAUAUGAAUGUGGGAUACCCCCCGGCCGAGUACCUGUGGAUGUUCAAAAGCAGGGGUCAGACCUCGUUCAUCAACAUCGGCAACCAUGAUAACAAUCCAGAUAGCCGGGGUGCGUGUGGACAGAUAAAGACCUUACACUUACAGAUGACACAGACUGACUUCCUGCACGAGGUCCAACUCAAAUGUGUACUAGAGACAGUAAACCCCAGAGGGCCUCCGAAAGUUCUUGAAGAUGUAGCAACUAUUAAGGUUGUUCCGAAGACGGUUUGUAAUGGCGUCCCAGAUAAUACCACUAUAAAGCAUCCACACACCUGUGACAAGUACAUUCUAUGUAGGAGGCCCGACAUACAGGUGCUACCAUGUCCCGACAGCCUCUGCUUCGAUCCCCACACAAAGCGGUGUGGACAAACAGGUCUAGAAAUGUCGUCUGCUGACGCUUAUUUAAAUGAAGGCGUCACGUUACUCUCCUGUCGUCUGCUUCACGUUGGCACGUGGACAUCUAUCUCCGUCUUUAAACAUGGCGCCGAAGGAAGCAGAUCCAGAGUCCUCGUGGCGUACAAUGAUUCCAACACCCCCGUGAUAGAGAAGGAAGUGAGCAAUCGUCUGCGGGCUACUACUGACCGACUCUCCAAGUACGAGGUGGUGAUCACCCUAUGGAUGUAUUCCCUGGGGUGCGAGGAUGAGGGAGAGUUCUCCUGUACCGCCGACGUUCCUUUUGCCGUGCCGGAGGCGUUUGGAAGACUCAACAUCAUAGCAAAACCGGAUGUUCCUUCUGUGAUGUUACCAACUGAAAUCAUUGACGGUCGAGAGCCACGGGAAUGGGUUAGAUGCACUGGUAACGUAGGAUAUCCUAAAGGAAAAAUGUACUGGGAAAUCCGAAUGAAAGGCGAAAAAGAGUUUUCAAAACAAUUUCCGUUCCAAACAAAGAGAGAUAGUGAAAAUACCACAAACUGCAAAACAUACGUGACUAAUGAAUUCCGGUUCACACCAAACGCAAAGCAUGAUGGGAUGGAGGUGAGAUGCGUUGUGGAGAAUCCAGACACAAUGCCAGAUGGCAGACGACUUUAUACGACACAAGAAAUCCACGUCAUACCCGGUAACUUCUGCGAGGGCGUAUCACGUGACAAGCGGCCCCACCCUAACAAUUGCCACCAGUACAUACAAUGUCACGAUGGUUACACGUAUGUACAGCGGUGUAGCAUAGGACUUUGUUUUAACACAGAUACCCAAGACUGUGACAUCAGACAGAAAGAAGAAGAAGAAGUCAUAGAUCCUGAUUUCCCGUGCAAACCAAAUCGGAAUGGGGUGUAUUUCCCGCACAAGUCUCUCUGUAAUAAGUACAUCUGGUGUGUACAAGGUCAGGAGGUCAUCCAGCACUGUCCACUGGGGACUCAGUAUUUCAAGGACGGACAGUGCACGUUCGAGGAGGACAAGUUCCACUGUAGCAAAGCAGCAUAAUAUUUCCGUACAUGUUCCGAGGAAGUGGUAUCAUCGCCAUUAUAAACGUCGGUGAUUUCGACGGCCAUUAUCAAUUCCUGAACAGUUGAUGACGUUAAUUAAAACGCCAUCUGAUAGGAAGUGAUAUCUUGGAAAGAUGACCGUAAACUGACAAGUUGACAACGGAAUGACGUUGUCUCUAUUUGCGAUGACAUUGGCCAUAUUUUGGCUUGCAGUGAGUUGGAGAUUGGUGUUAUAUAAAAGACUAGGUGCCUGGGAAUCAGUAAGUGUAAACGUGUUCGGCAAGGAUUAAAAAUGUGAUCAAAUUGCUCCUACAAAAGAACAAUACACUGUGUAAGUCCAUGCGGAAUGUAGUGAUGAAAUCACCAUGUAAAUGACACGAGAAAAUGAGAAAAACAACUUCGAGGAAAUUAAAGAGGACCAAUAUUCCAAUUAACAAAAUUAUAUAUUCAUACCACAUGACAAAAGACCAGGUUUAUAUGUAUGCAACGUUAAUGAGAAACACUUAGGUCACAGGUAAUCAUUAAAUGUGUUUUUCUCUCAUUAGUUUGAAUGUACUUAUGUUAAGUAUGACGUCAAAUGCUGCCAUGGCAACACAAUUAUUCAAUGGGCAUGGUAUGGAGUACAAACUGUUUAUCAAAUGUAAGUAUAUCCAUGUCCAUCGAAUGGUUUUUUAAAAAUACAAACAACCAAUAUUCAUUUACCACUUCAUAUAAAUGUUAAGUAAUUUGGGUCAUUAAACAAAUACGCUUGGAAUGGCUACAAAAUGCGAAUUCCAGGGGUCAGAAUUGUAAAAGUACCAAUCUUAUACCGAACAGUUCUACAGACUUUGUCAUUUUGAACAAAGUGUUUUGCCUGUUGUGACUAUUAAUCAACAUAAUACAAUGAAACUGAAGUCUCAUUUUAUUUAUUGUUGUGCAUUUGUGAUUAAUUAAGUUAAUAUGAAUUGGUACAUGUAUAUAUCGCUUCAUUUGUAUCUGCAAUUUUUUGCGUGUCUAUGUGUGUACAUUUGUUAUCAUUAUUUUGUAAGUUGUUGUUUAUUUUAAAUAAAUUCCUA